UUAAGUCUCUCUCUCUCUCUCUCUCUCUCUCUCUCUUCGACGCGGUACGCUCACCUCCUCCCCCGUGUUAUUCUCACAGCCUCGUAGUGUAGUGCGCCAAUGUGGCUCCGCUCCUCCGCCUCGCGGCUCCUGCCACGCGGGGUCCCCGGCGCUCUCCGAGCGGCGGCGGAGCACACGACCCUCCUCCGCCGAGCCUCCUCCGCCGCCCCGGCGCCGGAUCUCGGCCGCGGCGGCGGCGGCGGCGGCGGGGGGGAGGAGGGGGAGGAGGAGGGGCUGAGCCCGGCGGAGGCGCGGCGCCUGGUGCGGCUCGUGGACGUGGAGGCGCUGAAGAGGCGCAUACGGGAGCGCGGCGGCGGCGACGGGGAGGUGAUCGGGUACUCGGAGCUCCUCGACGCGUGCGAGGGCGCCGGGGUGGCGCGCACCCGCGCGGAGGCCGCCGCGGCGGCGCGCGCGCUCGACGAGGCCGGGGUCGUCCUCCUCUUCCGCGACAAGGUCCAUCUCCACCCCGAGAAGGUUGUAGAUCUUGUAAGGAGAGCCGUCCCGCUCGCGCUCGCACCGGAGGACGACCCGAGGAGGGAAGAGCUGAAGCAGCUUCAGCAGAAGAAGGAAGAGAUCGACGGGCUCGCGCACAAGCAGGUCCGCCGGAUCCUCUGGUCGGGGCUAGGGUUCUUCGUCGCGCAAAUCGGCGUGUUCUUCCGGCUUACGUUCUGGGAGUUCUCGUGGGACGUAAUGGAGCCGAUAGCGUUCUUCGCCACCACCAGCGGCCUCCUCGUCGGCUACAGUUAUUUCCUGAUAACAUCGAGGGACCCGACUUAUCAGGACUUCAUGGAACGGCUCUUCUGCUCGCGGCAGAAAAAGCUUUACCAGAAGCAGAAUUUCGACGUGGAGAGGUACAUCGAGCUGCAGAAGCACUGCAGAGGUCCCUGGGAUAAGAUGGUUGCCGAGAACGAUACUAAUAAUUUUCAGAAUAUUUCGCUAUUUAAGUGACAAAUUUUUUUUUUUCUCUCAAAAUUUUUUCUGACUACUACCCAGGUAUUUUAUCUGCUUCUGGGUGUAUGCUUAACUAAUACGAAAAAGGAUUGAAGAAGCUUGUAUUUAUGUUUCUGGGCUUUUAGUAAAAGCACUUUUGUUCAAGAUCUCUUGUAUCACUUGUCUCCUGCCAAAUAAAGUUUGGGGGAGCCAGUGUAACUUUUUCCUUUUUCUUUUUUUUCUUUUGUUUUGGUGUAAUCUAUAAGAAACUAGUUGCCUUAUAAAGAAAGAAUGAUGGUUAUGGAGAGUUGAA